AUGUCAAGAUUGCUUAGAUCUACUUUGGCCAAAUCAUGUUUGGCUGCAGGUGCAGUUGUUGGUGGUACGAUCAUAUAUCUAGAUUUCAUAAAACCUAAAAGAAAAUCAUUAAUUGUUGAUUCUUACAAGCCAUUGAGAAAAGAUUAUCCAUCGCCGCCAACUAGAAAAGAGUUGGUCGAUCAGCUAGGUGGAACCAAGAAAUUUGACGUAUUAAUUAUCGGAGGUGGUGCGGUUGGUACGGGAUGUGCAGUUGAUGCGGCUACACGCGGGUUGAAUGUUUGUCUUUUGGAAAAGACUGAUUUUGCUUCAGGUACUUCUUCAAAGUCCACUAAAAUGGCACACGGUGGUGUUCGUUAUUUGGAAAAAGCCAUUUUCCAGUUAAGUAAAGCUCAGUUGGACUUGGUUAUAGAGGCCCUCAAUGAAAGAGGCAAUAUGUUGAGAACUGCUCCCCAUCUAUGUACCGUUUUACCCAUUAUGAUUCCAGUUUACAACUAUUGGCAAGUUCCAUAUUUUUUCGCUGGUUGUAAAAUGUACGAUUGGUUUGCUGGUAGACAAAAUUUGAGAAGUUCUACAAUCUUGAGCAGAGAGCAAGCCGAGGCUUUGGCACCUAUGAUGGAUAUCACCAACUUGAAGGCUGCGUGUGUUUAUCAUGAUGGUUCCUUUAACGAUGCUAGAAUGAAUUCAACUUUGGCUAUAACUGCAAUUGAAAAUGGGGCUACAGUGCUCAAUUAUUUUAAUGUUGACCAAUUGUUGAAAAAUGAUAAAGGCGAAUUGUAUGGUGUUAGGGCUACGGAUUUGGAAACCAAGAAAACUUAUGAAAUUAAAGCUACAUCGGUUAUUAAUGCUACAGGACCUUUUGCUGAUAAGAUUUUGGAAAUGGACGAGGACCCACAGGGAUUACCACCAAAGCAAGAACAAAAGCCAAAAAUGGUUGUCCCUUCUAGUGGUGUGCAUAUAGUUUUACCUGAGUACUAUUGUCCCACAACAAUGGGUCUUUUGGAUCCAGCUACCGCCGACGGAAGAGUCAUGUUCUUUUUGCCAUGGCAAGGAAAAGUUUUGGCUGGUACAACCGAUACUCCAGAAAAGUUUGUUCCUGAAAAUCCAAUCCCUACAGAGGAGGAUAUUCAGGAUAUUAUUAGGGAAAUGCAAAAAUACUUGGUUUUCCCAAUUGACAGAAACGAUGUUUUAUCAGCAUGGUCUGGUAUUAGACCAUUAGUAAGAGAUCCUUCGACGGUUGCAAAAGACGGAGAUUCUGGAUCUGGCUCCACUGAAGGGUUAGUUAGAUCCCAUUUAUUAGUGCAAUCUCCAUCUGGAUUGGUGACAAUAUCGGGAGGAAAAUGGACCACAUAUAGAGAAAUGGCACAAGAAACAAUUGAUUAUGUUGUUAAAAAUUUUGAUUUCAAUGGUAAGAACAUCAAGCCUUGUCAAACCAAUGAGUUGGUUCUCAUUGGUGGUGACGAUUAUUCAAAAAACUAUUCCGCUAGAUUAAUCCACGAGUAUAAAAUCCCAUUGAAAUUAGCCAAGCAUUUAUCCCAUAACUAUGGCUCUAGAUCAGCGAUGAUUUUGGAGUUGUACUCCUCCAGCGAUUACAAUAAACUUCCAGUAACUUUAGCUGCAUCGCAAGAGUUUAUUCCCAAACACUUGGAAGUUUCACCAGAGAACCAACUAAGCUACCAAUCCUUUGAUGAACCAUUCACUGUAGCUGAGUUACUUUACUCACUCAAAUACGAGUAUACAAGAACACCUAUUGAUUUCUUAGCAAGACGAACAAGAUUAGCGUUUUUAAACGCAAGAGAAGCAAUGAGUGCUAUCGAUGGCGUGGUUGAAAUAAUGAGUAAUGAGUUGAACUGGGAUAAGGAAACUAAGGAGAAAAUGAGAAGAGACGCCGUCAAGUACAUUGGAAACAUGGGUAUCUCGCCAAAGAAGUUUGACGUUGAGCAAUUUACUAUUAAAUAG